AUGUUCAUGUUUGAAGUUUUCCACUUCCGUAGCAGUGGUUUCAACGGUUUCCUAAAUAAUGGAUGAAACUGCCAAAUUGUGAGAAUUUGCCUGUUAUCAACUUCCACACCGGUGGUGUGCAAGAUGCCAUGAUUGUAUCGCAUGUGAAGUGCAACUGAAUGAGUCAGCAUAUCAUAUUUUAUUCAACCACAAAACCACCGGCUAAAAGAGUACAACUGGCAAUUUUGAAUAUCCCCAACUUUAUCUCAGUUCUGCAGUGUCCUUAGGGCGCUCUCAGUACAAAAGAUCAAAAUGAAAGAAGUGGGAAAGAGGAGGAUGACUUUCUCAUGAAAUGAAGACCACAACAAGGAGUCAUUAAGCAGAAGAUGGACGAGAGAAGCACAACUGUGUUCGUGAUUCUUCUUUGUGGUGCGUGUUCAGUGGCGCCAGCGGCUGCAAAUGCUCCAGAUGUGUGCUCUAGCUGCCAUGUGAAUGCCACAUGUGAUGACAAGCCUGAUUACUCUGGAAAAGUUUGUAACUGCAAGUAUGGCUUUGUAGGAAAUGGAAGAACCUUUUGCCAAGAUAAAGACGAGUGUCAGAUAGGAGUCACGAAGAUCUGUGGGCAGCACACAAGAUGCCACAAUACAUACGGCAGCUACUACUGCACCUGUCUGGCUGGAUACACGGCUUCCAAUAACAUGGCAGUCUUCAUUCCAAAUGAUGGAACACACUGCCAGGACAUAGAUGAGUGCAGCGUGGUGGGGAUUUGCGGAGAAGGAGGUCAGUGCGGGAACCUGGAUGGCAGUUUUGACUGCAGCUGUCAGCUGGGUUAUCAAGUCCACAAUGGGACCGAACCAUUUCACCCUCACGAAGGCCAGGCUUCGUGUCAAGUGGUGGACUGUGGCCAUCCAACAUCACAGAACACGGUACUGUUGUCAGCAACAGGAACAACAUUUGGCAGCGUGGCCACAUUUGAGUGUGACCAUGGCUUUCUGUGGAGGAGUGGAAACAACACCUCAAUAUGUGGCGCUGACGGACUGUGGCGUGGGCUCUCUAUGAUUUGUGCAGCGAUUGACUGUGGCUCUCCUCCCACCUUCCUUCACUCACGCAUGCUAUGGAAUCAGAGUUCAAGGGUGGGCACGGAGGUGCUGUAUCAAUGUAACUCGGGCUAUCAUAACAUUGGACCCGGCAGUGUCUUCAUCUGCACCACUGCAGGGCGGUGGGAGGGCGCGUCUAUGCUUUGCCAAGAGGUAUCAUGCGGAAAACCCCAUACAGUGCCACACACUGGACAUAUAUGGAAUGGCAGUUCCACCCCCGGAAGUGUGGUUAACUACUAUUGUAAACAAGGAUUUCAUCACAGUGAGGGCAAUGCCGUAUCACUGUGCACAUCCAAAGGUACCUGGACAAAGCCAAACAUUUCAUGCAAAGAAGUUGACUGUGGCUCUCCUCCUGACAUCUCUCAUUCACUCCUGUUAUGGGACCGCAUCUCCACUGUGGGCUCUCAGGUUGCUUAUCAGUGUCAAUCUGGAUAUUACAGUGUUGGAGAAAUAAAUAAAACUGUAUGUACUGACGGUGGAAAAUGGGACAUGCCCUCUCUGCGCUGCCAAGGUGAUAAUGCUGAAAAUGAAAUAAAAUGUCAGGAUCCCGUUUUGAAACCACACACUAAAAGACUGUGGGAUGGCACGUCACAUGUUGGCAGCGUGGUUAUUUACAAGUGUGAUGAAGGAUAUCACACAAAGGGUGUGAGGAACUUCUCGGCAUGUGGACAGAAUGGACUAUGGGAGGAAAUUGACCUUUGGUGUGAAGAAAUGACAUGUGGCUCCCCACAAACCCUCCCCCAUACUAACCUCCUGUGGGACCGCUCCACUAGUCCUGGCAGUGUUGCCCUGUAUGAGUGCGUGGAUGGAUAUUACCAGGAGAGUGGAGAUAAUCUUUCCACAUGUCUAACAUCAGGCGAGUGGGCCAACGUAUCAUUACGUUGCAAAGCAAAAUGUGGCCCGGUCCCCAUCCUUGCCCACUCAGAGGUGGUCUUCCAUAACAGAAGUGCCGCGAUCCAUCGCUGUGUGAAUGGCUAUCACAGCUGGAGGGGCAGCAACGUCUCCAUGUGCAGCAGCUCUGGCGUGUGGCAGACAGCUACGCUUCAAUGCAUCGAAAUCAAGCCGCCCAUCAAUCAACUGUUUGUUUGGAAUGAAAAAUGUUUGCAAUGGAGUGCAGAGAAGUAUGAUGAGGAAACAGAAAUGUACAAGGUGAUCUACAUAGGAUCAAGAGACUAUGAGAGGGCCUUUUUUGACAAAAGGAAGCAGUUUCUGAGUUCAAAGGCAGACUUAGUGCAGGUCUGUCUCGGCCUGCUUCCAGCCACAAACUACAGCAUCUUUAUCACUGCAGUGUCUGCUGGAUUCACAGCCACCAUCACUAUUAACACCAGUUUGACAGCACCUGCAGUACCAGAAGUCCACUACAGAGAAUAUGAGACUCCUGUACCAACUUUGAUGUUUCGCAGAUCACAGAGUACUCUUGACCCAAUAAGUUUUUACCAAGUGUUCAUACUUCCUCUAGAAGGAAUUCUGGUGUUUGACUGUUCGUCUCCUGUGAAUGAAGAGACUUCGGAUGAAAGUGGUUCCUCACAGGGACACGUUGCAGCUCAGAUGCGCAGUAGCCAUGUUGGAAGAGAGAUUCAUUUUACUGUGGGAGAUGGUCACUAUUAUGGAGGUUUUUUCAAUGCCCCUCUCAAGAAAGGCAAAAGCUACUUCAUCAUCUUGCGUACUGUCAGUCGUUGGAAAAAGGAUUCAAAAAGCUCCUGUGUCCUGUGGGCUAAAGUUACAGGUACAUCCUAUAUUGUGAAGAUGUCCUCGCUGUGUGCUGCUGCCUCGGUCGGACUACUCGCUUUUGCGGUUUUGCUUGGAUGCACUUACACUUGGUUUUUCAAGAAAAAAAGGACUGUGUCAUUUUGUGCACAUUGUUAAUCCAGUACUUCAAUCAAUUUUGGACAUUGCUGAGUAUUCACUAUGGUAAAUAAAGUGAUAUUGUUUUUAUUUACUUGUAA